AUGGGCCGUGGCCGUCAGCAAGGAAUGGAUGAGAUCAUUGUACCGCCCCUAUUCGUCCACCUUUUGCUUGGUGCUGUCGAUCCUCGACGCCGCAGCAUCCGGGGGGGCAACGACAGGGCCUGGACUGUGUUCGGCUACAAGCUUCCUGUCAACUUAGCCCGCUGCGAUAACGACGGCGCGAUGCCACGGGCGGCACAGCAAAUGAGCAAAGCCGGUGGAGGCCCAGGUGCUGAACCCGGCCGGUCACGCGCUUUGUCCCGCGCCGUCCGGAGGAACGGGGUUGAAGCUGUCAGCAAAAGGGGUCGGACUCUGAAGGAACUUCGAAGCGUCUUCCGGUCCUCCAGAUCAUUAUGCGGGACUCGGUUCGGAUGGCGUACCAUGGAGAUGAGCGAGACGACGGUCGUCAGAACGACAGUGUUUGUGUCCGUACCAGACGAGAGGGGUAGAAUCCUUUCAAUCGUAAGCAAACCCGGGGGCCCCAAGACCCCUCCCCAGCCUCAAGCCAAGAGAGGCUGGGCAUUCGACAAGCAAUCGACCCCAACAUUUCGUGACGCGGCCUGCUGCUCCUGCGCAAUCGGACCCUAG